AUGUUCUCCCCAAAGUCGAAGAGUCGGAAAGUUGAGAAGGGUGGUGAUCUGGCCUGCAUGUUUGUACAUGCUGGCGCAGGCUACCACAGCCGAGACAAUGAGAUCCAUCAUCUGCAAGCAUGUCAAGACGCAUGCAAAGCCGGAAUGGCCGUCAUGAGAGGAGGAGGGUCGGCUGUGGACGCCGUGGAGAUUGCCAUCAAGGUCCUCGAGGACCGAGAGAUCACGAAUGCUGGCUACGGCAGUAAUUUGGGUUACAACGGUGUGGUCGAGUGUGACGCGAUCAUUGUUAACCACAACGGAAGCAGCGGAGCGGCCGGCGCGGUGGCUCAAAUCAAGAAUCCCAUCUCCCUCGCCCGACUCGUACACGAUCACUCGACACAGACACUUUCCCUCAAGCGCGUUCCGCCCAAUAUCCUGGUCGGACAAGGAGCGACCAACUUCGCCUACGCCCACGGCAUGCCGAUUGUGAGCUUUGACGAUCUCAUCUCGCCGUAUGCGAAAGCACGCUGGCAGAAAUGGCGCGCGGAUCUUAUCAAGUCCGAGCAAGCUGAUUCGACUCUUACGCAAUCGGAGAUCGGGAGAACAGACACUUCAUCUCCGAUCGACUGUCAGACUGACGGUCCAUCAAGUACGCCUUCGCGUUCCACUGCCGACGCUGCUCAGCAGAAUACACGAUUUGGCUCGGGCGAUGGCGAAUCUAUGAAUCCCAAGUUCACAACUUCCAAAACCCCUCAGACUGAGCCAGGAAUCCCAGCGGCUGGAGAAGAUCACAUCACCGACACCGUUGGUGCCAUCGCUAUCGACAUAUACGGCAAUAUUGCGUGCGGAGCAUCUUCGGGAGGCAUUGGAAUGAAGCAUCGCGGCCGACUUGGACCAGCCGCACUGAUUGGAAUUGGAGCAGCAAUCAUCCCGACUGACGAAGACGAUCCGGAUCUUACCUCAGUCGCGACCGUCGCCAGCGGCACAGGCGAGCAUAUGACUACCACAUUGGCAGCAAGCGUCUGCUCAGAGCGUAUCUACCAUGAGCAACGCAGAGUCAAAGGCGGAUACAAACAAUGCACGGAGGACGAGGCUAUCACCGGAUUCAUCAAAACCGACUUCAUGGAUCAUCCGUCAGUCCGCCACUCUCAAUCUGCCGGUACUAUCGGCGUGCUUUCGGUGAAGAAGACCAAAGACGGCGUCUGGCUCUACUUUGGACACAACACGGAUUCGUUUGCACUAGCGAGUAUGCAUUCAGAUGAGCAGAAACCUAUCUGUACCAUGAGUCGGAGUAAUGGCAAUGGCACGAUUGCUCAGGGUGGGAGGGCAGUGAAGUUUCGGAGAGGGAGGAAAUAG